GAGGGGCAGUAGUGAGGGUCAGGCUCCAUGACGGGAUGUGUUGUUGUUGAGUUGAUGCUCUAACUUUAUCACGAAAUGCCGCUCCAAAUGCAAGGAGGCCUUAUGCAGAACAAUGUAGAGCCAAUGGUAAUUGAUAUGGCAGUGGAGGAAAAUGACAAUACAGAGGAUGAGCCAGUUAUUGUGGAGAGUACGUCAUUGGACCUUGAGACUUACGCCAACUGCUACACAGGCCUUGCAAAGUUACAGCGACUCGUCUUUAUAGCCGACCGAUGCCCCCAGUUACGUGUGGAAGCUCUUCGAAUGGCCAUACAGUAUGUCCAGACAACUUACAAUGUCAACUUAUAUACUCAACUCCACAGGAAGAUGCAAGAAGCAGUCAGUGGAGCCAAUGCAGGAAAUGCAAGCUUACCAGAUAUAGCAGGAGGUCAGGUGGGUGGCGGGGUCGUAGCCACCUUACCUGUCCUCGACAUGCAGUGGGUCGAAUCUCGUGCCAAAAAAGCUGCGUUGAAAUUGGAGAAACUUGAUACUGAUCUAAAGAAUUCUAAGGUUAACAGCAUCAAGGAGUCAAUUCGUCGAGGCCAUGAUGAUUUAGGUGAUCAUUAUUUGGAUUGUGGUGAUCUUUCUAAUGCCCUGAAGUGUUAUUCUCGAGCCCGGGAUUACUGCACCUCCUUCAGACACAUUAUCAAUAUGUGUCUUAAUGUGAUUAAGGUUUCCAUCUACCUAAAUAACUGGUCACAUGUCUUGAGCUACGUAAGCAAAGCUCAAGCAACUCCAGAAGUUUCAGAAUCUAGGCCAAGCAAUAACAAAGACCAAUCGGCUGUAAUCCAGACCAAAUUAACGUGUGCUGCGGGGUUAGCGCAACUAGCCACAAGAAAAUACAAGGCUGCAGCCAAGAGUUUUCUUGGAGCACAGCUGGAUGCCUGUGAUUUCCCUGACCUGCUGUCCACUUCAAAUGUAGCUAUGUAUGGUGGCCUGUGUGCACUGGCAACGUUUUCUCGUCAAGAACUACAGAAACUGGUUAUCUAUAGCAGUUCUUUUAAGCUGUUUUUGGAAGUGGAGCCUCAACUACGUGACAUCAUAUUUAAGUUCUACGAGUCUAAAUAUGCCUUCUGCCUCAAACUCUUAGAUGAAUUAAAGGAUGUUCUGAUGUUGGACAUGUACCUGGCACCCCACCUUAACACACUCUACACCCGUAUUAGGAAUCGUGCGCUUAUCCAGUACUUCAGCCCAUACAUGAGUGCAGACUUGGAGAAGAUGGCCACAGCCUUCAACACUACUAUUUCUGCAUUAGAAGAUGAAUUAAUGGCUCUAAUUCUCGAUGGUCAAAUCCAGGCUCGGAUAGACUCUCAUAAUAAGAUCUUGUAUGCCAAGGCAGUAGAAGAAAGGAGUAUGACCUUUGAGCGAUCACUAGAGAUGGGUCGUGAACACAUCAUGAGGGUAAAGGGACUAAUCCUCCGGUCAGCACUUAUCAAGAACCAGAUUCACGUCAAGAGUCCGCCACGGGAGGGUGGAGGAGGGGGCGGGCAAGGGAGUGGAGAUGUCACUAUGGCAGCUACCAACAGUUCAGCAUCUGCUCCCAGGAACUAAAAUAUGCAUACCAGUGCCCAGGGCUGUGUUGAGACUAGACUUGGGCAUAGUUUCAAUCUUGUUGUUUGGUCCACCACGUGUGCCACAAGAGAGAUGAGACUCAGUAAGACUUGCUCAUUCGAGUUCUACAUCAACAGUGCUCUACUGUACAUCAGUCAUUUCUUGUUUAAUGUGGCAAAAGAUACAUGUUUGUGAGAGUUUUCACUGGUGACAAUUAUGCAGGGGUUCUAUGACACUCCUGCCUUUAUUUUAAGCACUACUCAACGUAACAUCAAAGUGUGCUUAGCUCUUUUUUAAGUGGAGAUCACAGACUCAAGAACACUAGCAGAUGAACCUCAGGAGGUCUGUGGACUAUGUAUAUCUAUGCUAUUUACUUGGUGUUCGUUAUACCAUAUUGUAUAGUAAAACACAACAGAGAAAAAACUCAAGUGCUCACAUAAACUACAGUGCAUCCUUAAAGUGAAUAGCCAAAGCAUAAAAUCAAGAUUUAAGCUGCAGCAGUUGUGACGUGCCACUUUUUAGAGAAUUUCUGUUCUUAGUUGAGCAGCCUUUUUUUGCAUAUGAAUUAAUUAUCAAUUCACUGGAAGACAAGACCUCUGAAUUCCAAGAACGGGUCAUGAUUUUGUCCAUUAUGAGCUUCCAUAAGUGAGGAUUAUAAUUGAUGGUUUUCUCUUGGUUUUUUUGUUUUUGUUUUUUUUCAUCUAUAAAAGUUAGUGGUGACAACACAUUUUAGGUUUUGCUGUUUUUUAUUGUCACCCAGUGUGUACGUCACAUUUGCUGCUACUGCAACAUUAUAAUUGGUUAUUCAUGUGUUCUCCUGUAGCUUGUGUUUAUAGCUAUCCCAUUACCUGUUGCCUAUUUAUUGCGUUUGAAAACAAGUUUUUGGUAUUUACCUGUCCUCAUGCACAGACCAAGCCACUAGUCUAGACUUUUAAGUCAAAGUUUUGUUUAUUAAAUUGACAGAGUUCAGCAGGAGAUACAGGGUUGUCAUAUUCUGUAACUUUUGUGAUGCAGCAAGUACAUAUAUUUGCUAGAAAGAAAUGCAGUGUUCCUAAGAAUUUUGCAACUGCCUUGGAAGUUAACUGGCCAGUUAUCUUAUAGGGUUUUACUCUUCUGUGUAAGGCGUUGAGAUUUUUUAAUAAUCACAGUGUUUGCACAGGAGAGCAUGCAUAGUGUAAUUCCCCAACAACUUGCUGAUGAUUCACUGUCACGCACCCUGUAGCCAGGAUGUCCAAGUCUUUUUGAAGUCUGCGGAUACCUGGUCUUAAAAAAAAAAUCAUGGAUAAAUUUGUUUUGAGAAAUUCAUUUAAGCCAAAUAACCUUACUGAUUCACCGUCAUGCACCCUGUAGCCAGGUUGCCCAAGUCUUUUCAGAAUCUAAGGUUAUAUGGUCUAAAAAAUGCAAACAAAAAACUUGGAGAAAUUUGUUUAAGCCAAAUAAUCUUUGCUCUUGUAUCAGCACUGCUUGAGGCUUGCCACCAGUGUAAUUGUUGAGAACUCUAACAAUUGUUAAUCAUCCUAGGGGUCCAGUCACAAGCUGAGAAGUGGUCGUAACAGAGAAAUGGAAAACUUCUCCACCCAUCAUAUUUAUCAUGCAAACCUUUCAACUGUGGGCUGCAGUGUUGACAAGAGUGGCUGGGAAAAAAGGUGAUUUUCUAUUGAGAAUAGUAAAAUAAUAACACUAU